GACCUUGCUUCAAGUCUAACAGAUCAUUUGUCUGGAGGGGGAUUCCCUGAUCAACAGAUUUUAAUUGGCAUUUAAUCAGCGGAUGGAACUUUGAAUCAAAGUAGUCUCCGACGAAAAGGGUGCAGGGGGGGAAGUCGGAUAUAUACCGUCCCCGUCCUGCAGGAUGCCGUACAGUUGCUAUGUUACUACCGUUGGUGUUACUACCGUGUUUGGGCCUGCUAGCUUCGGGCCUCGCCCUUCCGACAAGCCCACCAGAUCCUCUGAAUAGGGCUCUGACAGACCCGAAUUUCGUACCGCCAAAAGAUGAUUUGGCAACUGCGAGAGAUGCCCCAGUAAAUGGCCCACUGGCGCAGGGCCUGUUAGCACCGUUAAACCAGGGUGAAGAUGUUACAAGAACCAAAAGGCAUCAUUGCCAUAAGUGCAGCAGCGGUGCAUACGGCGGUGGUGGGUAUGGAGGCGGAUAUGUUGUACCAUCCAAGGUUGUCGUGGUACCCGUCUCGAUACAAAAAGGAUGGGGUGGUGGCGGCUACGGUCACAAGGGUGGCCGCGGUGGCUGUUUAAGCGGUUGUGGAGGUGAUAGAUACGAGGAAGGUGGAGGAUACCCUGUGGGCGGAGGAGGAGGAGGAAGUUGGUCCCACAGCCAAGCAUCCAGUUCUUCAGGAAGUAGUAGCUGGGGAAAGAAAUAAGCUGCGACGUAAAUUUCAAAUCAGCGGAACUAAGUCAAUUCUGCUGAUCGAUUUUUCUGACAGAAACAUUUUUUUAAUGUAAAUGUGAAAAUAGAAUUGUAAAAUAUGUUAUGUUCAUGGAUGAAAUAAAUGAUUUUGUAAUUA